AUCCACAACCAGCAAGGAGGAGGAGGAGGAAAUAGAGAAGGCGGGGCAGGCGGGGCAUGGUUGCCCGAGAAGCCCAUCUGUUGCGGUUCUGGGGGCGGGAAGGUUGCUGGAUCACUAUUCCUGCUUCCCACUAACUGGAGCUGUGCCUGGGACGGGAUCCGAAUCGCCUCGCUGGCAUCUUCCAGGUUACUCUCUGAGACCUUGAACUUGGCCCCAUCUGGCGAUCCUCCGCGCCCUGCCGCGACCCUAGUGCCCGAGAACUGCCCGCGGGCUGCCCAGAGGGUCGUUGUCCCCACCGCCGCCACAGGACCCUUCAGCGCCAGCCUUCCCCACUCCCCUUCCCAGGCAGGGCCCCCCAACGCCUCCAGCAGCCUCUCUUCCGCUGUCUGGUCCGCGGAGGUGAUUGGUUACCAUGGUGAAGCUGGCAGCGAAAUGCAUCCUGGCAGGAGACCCAGCUGUGGGCAAAACCGCCCUGGCACAGAUCUUCCGCAGCGACGGAGCCCAAUUCCAGAAGAACUACACCCUGACAACAGGGGUGGAUCUGGUGGUGAAGACAGUGCCAGUCCCGGACACAGCAGACAGUGUGGAACUCUUCAUUCUUGACUCGGCCGGCAAGGAGCUGUUUUCGGAAAUGCUGGAUAAAUUGUGGGAGAGUCCCAGUGUCCUGUGUCUCGUCUACGAUGUGACCAAUGAACAGUCCUUCACCAACUGCAGCAAGUGGCUGGAGAAGGCUCGGUCGCAGAUUCCAGGGAUCACCCUGCCAGGUACGAGCUACAGGCAUCAGUGUGCUGGUGGGAACAAGACAGACCUGGCCGGCAGGCGAGCGGUGGAGUCGGCUCAGGCCCGGGCGUGGGCGCUGAGCCAGGGCCUGGAAUGUUUUGAAACAUCCGUGAAGGAGAUGAUAAACUACGAAGCCCCCUUCCACUCUCUGGCCAAGCAGUUCCACCACCUGUACCAGGAGAAGCUGGAGGUUUUCCAGGCUCUAGUGUGAGGGGCUGGCUGGACUGUUCCCCGAGACAGGCCAGCACUGUUGGGCACCUGGCCGUGGGCUCCGUCUCCUCUGAAGAUGGGAGAAGAUGGCAUUGCCCGGGCGCUUCCAAUCUAUGGUGACAACUUUAAAUAAAAUGAGGAUAAAAUGGA